ACAUUUGGUUGCAACUAGACGGCGUCACUUCCCACACAUCGCAUCAAUCAAUGAAUUAAUGGAAAGGGCACUUCGGUGAGCAGAAACCGUGGACAACUUUUUGUUUUGGUGGAUAUUGCUUCAUCAGGUUUUUUUGGAAAAUCAGGAGAAUACUCCGUAAUAUUAAAUGCUUCUUGAUUUGUAAUCUGGAAAGUGAAAGUGUCAAAUAGUAUUUUAAAUUGUUUUAUAUGGGAAGUAGGCGUGGUUAUAGUCCACUUUCGCCCAUUUUUACACUGUAAGAAAGAAAUGUCACAUAUCUGAUUUGGUAGAAAUAGGGCGGAUUCCGCGAUAUGUGAUUUCACCAAAAAUUACAUUUUCAUUUUUCACACUGGCUCCACUAAAGCCCUCUUACCAUCUCGAGUGUAAAACUGUAUGUCUCUGGCAUAUUUGGUUUUUGAUUUAUCGCGCUCUUAGUGUUUUUUAAGAGUACCAUUAUAUAGGGUGUGAAGAUAAACUUAACUUCUGAAUGUAUACAGUUUUACAAUGUCGGCAAGGAAGCUUAAGGGAUUUGUUCUAAGUGAAUUUGGUUAUUGUAGCUUAAGUGGUUUAGGAAGUGCUUGCAUUAAGCCAACUAGUUCACAGGUGCAUCUUGCUACUGCAUUCCCUUGUGCCAAAUUACAGUUCUAUAUCUUAAUUUAGUACUUGGUUAUGCCACUUUAUAGGUUUUCGCUUAGUGGCCUUUUGUGGACGUGGCAGUGGUUCAAUAACACCGACGAACUCUUAUUUGUCAACGAUCGCGUAUACCAAAUUUCAUUAUGAUAUGUAUUGUUAAAUCUUGCUCAGACAAACGGAGAGAGGAACUGAAAAACAGACAACCGAAUUACAGCUAGUCUCGUCAUCCCGAUCUAUAUACACAUACAUAUAUACAUAUAUAACUCUAAAUAUAUUUCGACUAGCUCUAGGUGAUAUAGAGCAUCAUUUUACUUGGCAACCCUACAACUCAGUUGCAUUGUGAAUAAUUAUUGCUGGUAAUUAUUAAUAUACUUUUAGGCUAAGCUUCAAUAAGCAAUUUUUUUGCCGCUAAAGAAGUCUCCAUACAGCUGAUAUUUUUCUCCUCUGUGUCCAACAAAAGGUGGGACGGACUAAGUAACAAACACUCGAUUAUACAACUGCUUUUUAGAAAACAAGGAUUGCCUUUGUUUUGCAGUGGAAUUACACCAGUAAGGGACCAACUAAGAAGAUACAUUCCAACACUGCACAUUAGAAUAUGGACAAAUUUAGCAUCUCUCAUAGCAAUGGAACAAAACUGUUCCUAAAACAAAGGUCCAAAAAAGCAGUAAAGACAAAACCCAAAGUUAAGACUAAAAUUGAAGACUGUAAAUUACGGGAUAUAACAUUACGUAAAUUUCGAGAACGACUGAUCCACCUAUUGGCUUUUAACUCAUACACCGACAAAGAAAUACACUCAAUCCUAAAAAGGGAAGGAUUAUGUAAAUUUGAGCGAAAAAAAGCCAUGAGGGUGCUUAAGGAUGUAUCAGAGGGAAGUCACAAAGUACGUAGUCUGCGCCUUACUAUCUGGCAAGAAGUCAACGAAAAUUGGCCUUACUACAAUGAGAAGGAGUUGCAGCAAGUGAAAAGACGGAAGGAACAAAUUUUAAGAGCGAUACAGAUACAGAGUCUUACCCCUGUAACCGAAGAAAGCCCGCCACAACUAGUCGAAAAUAAUCACGUAAAAGGUGACAACUCAUCAAAGCGGUCAACUGUGAACGACGAUGGGACACAACCGGCGAAGAGAAUACGAAUGGAACAUUCCACCGUUGAUAAUUGCUGGCACUCACUACGGCCGACCUCCCCAUCGCCUAUAACUAACAUAUAUAACAUAGAUGUCAUCGAGCCCCCUGUCUAUGACUUUAGUGAUUAUACGGAAAUCACCAACAACGAACAACGGCAGCAAUAUAAAGCUGCAUUUGAUCGAUACUAUGAAGAAUAUAUGCCACUCUAUCAGCAGACCACAGAGCUAAGAAGCAGUUUCCGCGAACUUGGUGGAUUGAUUAUUGAUAUUCCCAAAGACUGCCCAGAAUACGAGAUCAUCAAUGAACGUAUAUUAGCCAAAUUUCAAAUCCUCAACAGCGUGGAGCAGCUUCGACGUCAGAUGCGUUGUGACUAUUUACACGAUAAAUUGGAGCAUAUCAAGCAACUUGUAAAGUCGUACGAUGGGAAAGGUAAGAAGAAAACGGCGACGGUUUUCGCAAAGACGGUGGCUAAUGAGAAUGAGUUGAGUCAACAAUAGAACCUUAUGGAAUUCCAAGCGUAAAUUACGAUGAAGCAGCAACAACGACAGAUGAAGAAAUUCCGCCAACAAAACAGGAGUACAUAGGUGAUAUUUUAGCCAACGAUCUAUCGCUGUGGGAUAGCGACAGUGACGAUGACCGAGUUAAUAUUAAUUAGAUUAAGCUUAUAUGUUUGUACGUAAAAAAGUGAUAAGUAAAAUAUGACAAAUACAAUUUCUGUAUACAAGUAAGUUAGGACCUUUAAGUUUCAAAAACAUAUCGGAUAAUACAAAUGACUAGACAAUACAAGCAAAUUGUGAAAUAAAA